AUGUCUCGCACCGCCCUCUUUGUAAUCGACAUCCAAAACGGCCUUGCCAAUUCCACUACCGAGAUUCCAGCUGCAUCUCGCAUCCGGCAAGCCGCCGAAACGAUUCUCAAGACUGUGCGCGGAAAUGCUUCACCUGAACGAGGACCAGACAUAUACGUCGUACAGCACGAAGAGAGUCCUGAGUCUGGAGAUCUGGUGCGAGGCACAGAGCCUUGGAAGCUUGUCUUUUCGCCGCGGGGGAAUGAGAGGUUGAUUAGUAAAAAUACAUGUAACACAUUCGAAUCCAACCCUGACCUAAAUGACCAACUCCGUGCGCAGGGAACCACUACACUGGUAAUGUGUGGCAUCCAGAGCGAAUACUGCGUUCGCGAGACAUCGCUGGGCGCGCUCGCGGCGGGGUUCAACGUGAUUCUUUUGCAAGGAGCGCAUUCAACUUAUGAUGAUGCUGGGAAGAGUGCGAGGCAAUUGGAGGCUGAUGUUGAAGAGGAGUUGAAGGCGCAGGGCGCGGUGGUCGUUCCUUGGGAGCAGUGGCUUGAAGAAUAA